UGUUCGGUAGUAAUCUGAACCGUACACGCCGACAAAUAGCAUUACCCGAACAUAACUCACUUUGGACCUAACCCCUUACCCUUAAAUGAUCAGAGCCAGAUUCCUUGGCGGCCUCCGUUUGUUUUCCAGUCUCCAACCUGAUGGCAGAAUAUCUAUCGUUAAUUUUGUAUAGGAUUUGUAAUCCCAAAAGCAGGUAUGGUUACGAAGAAAUCGCGGAAGCUCGAGCAGAGGCAGAACGCAAGGUGUUUGAGGCAGAGCUCAAGAGGUUGAGAACAAUCUCAGAAGCAGAGGAAUUGAGUUUGAAAACACAGUUAAAAAAAGCUGAGGCAGAAGUCAAUAGGUUGAGUAGAAUCAUCUUAGAAAACAAUAACAGUGGACCCGAGUUUUGUCUUCCCUCGGAUCUUUUAGCUGUGAUACUGUCCCGUCUUGCUUUGAAAGACAACAUACGGUCUUCUGCGGUCUGCAAGACAUGGGGUGAAGUAGCUGCAUCUGUUCGGGUCAGAGAUCCGCCUUGCUGGCUUAUGUAUCUCGAUCGUUACUCGUACGGGUUCUUCGACCCGGUAGAGAAGAAGAAGACGAAGGCCAUGAUGAAUCCACCCGAGUUAUCCAAGUCUUGCUGUGUCCUUUAUUCCAAUGACGGGUGGUUACUCAUGGAAGACAGGGCUUCACAUGUCAAUCUCUUCUUCUUGAAUCCUUUCACCCGAGAGCGGGUAGACCUGCCGGGUGUUCGAACCUUUUUGUUGAUGCAAGUGCAUUUUGCUUUCUCCUGUGCUCCCACAAAGAAAGGCUGUGUGGUGUUUGGUAUCACUCGUGCUAGCGUCUCGCGUCGUAAAGUCGAAAUCAGCACUUGGUGUGGUGCAGCCUCUGCAUGGGUAAAAGAGCACUUCCCAAACCCGUUUCCUGGUGACUUUUCGGAUGCAAUAAACGUCGUAUACCGAAAAGAUGACGGUCUCUUCUAUAUGUCAUUGGGGAUUGCGCUAGGGGUAUUCGUUCCGUCUGCACGUACUUGGAAUCUUGUCCCUGUGCUGCAACGGAUCCCGAGAUUCGAGAGGCACACGGUGAGGUGGAUUACUGAAUACAAAAGAAAGAUAUUUCUUGUAGAUGCAUCGUCUGUGGAGCCGGUGGUGUACAGGCUUAACUGGUCCAAGCCUAAGUCGGUUUGGGAAAAGAAAGAAACAUUGGAUGGUUGCUCAAUUUUUGUGAGCGAUGUGUCAUGCGCGAUGAUGACUUAUGGGUCAAUGAGUAACAUUUUGUAUUUCUGGAAAGUGAUCAACGUCAGGCGUCCCAGUCUCACCGAGUACGAAGACUAUUAUUUCAAAAAGAAUCGGCCCUACAAGUAUUCGUUGGAUAGCAGGAGUUUAUGUGAAGACCAUGAAGGGUAUUACUUUAUCAGCCCAUUAAUCGGAAUGAUGGUGUUUGGAUUCUGCCGCCUCACAACUUCACACAUGUACUAA